AUGAGCGGUUUUCGGUUCCUCAACUUGGUCAGACCCUUCCUGCCGAUCUUGCCCGAAGUGACGGCUCCGGAUCGCAAGGUGAGUCUCUGCCCUCGAGCGCCCCGCUGGGCCACCCCAUGCCGUGCUGCAGCCUCGACCGUUCGCUGACGUACGACUACUCCGCCAUGCGUUGCGACUCGACAGAUCCCAUUCAACACCAAGGUACAUCCCAGAGAGAGAGAUGAAGCUGAUCGGUAUGCCGUGUUGCGCCGACCCUAUACGACCGAGAACUGACCUCGACCGGACGCUCCCGUGCCCACACCCCAGGUUGGAUGGACCGCCGUCACGCUCCUCAUCUUCUUGGUCUGCUCCCAAAUCCCUCUCUAUGGUAUCGUCUCGUCCGACUCGUCGGGUAAGUUACACGCGCCAGCUCUCUGCAGUGUCUGCUGCUCGGCCGUUUCGCGUGACGAGACGCCGCUACGAACGGCCGACGUGGCAUCAUCGACUCCCGGUGCCGCCGAACCUCCGCCGUGCCUUCCCGGCGCCAGUUUAACUAACGUUUUCGUGUUCGACUCGCGCCUUCUCAUAGAUCCUCUCUACUGGAUGCGUGUUAUCCUCGCCUCCAAUAGGGGUACCUUGAUGGAGUUGGGCAUCACGCCCAUCAUCACCUCGGGCAUGAUCAUCCAGCUGCUCCAGGGAGCCGGCUUCAUCGAAGUCGACUUCACCCUCAAAGAAGAUCGGGCAUUGUUUGCAGGUGCCCAGAAACGUAAGUUUGCUCAACCAUGCUCAUCACACACUUGGGGCUCUCACGGGCGGCCUUCACGUGCUCGGGUCCUCGACUAACCACCCAGAUCUUGCCCUUUCCCUGAACAGUGCUGGCGCUGUUAAUCUCGUUCGGCACUUCGACCGUCUACGUCUUGACCGGAUUAUAUGGCCAGCCUUCGGACCUCGGUGCCGGUGUUUGCCUGCUCCUCGUCGUCCAACUCAUUGUCGCCGCGCUCAUCGUGAUUCUCCUCGACGAGCUGCUACAAAAGGGCUACGGUCUUGGCUCCGGCAUCAAUCUCUUCAUCGCCACCAACAUUUGCGAGUCGAUUGUCUGGAAGGCCUUCUCGCCCACGACUGUCAACACCGGUCGCGGCCCCGAAUUCGAAGGGGCCCUGAUCGCCUUGUUCCACCUUCUCUUCACAUGGAACGACAAGUCGCGAGCGCUCAAGGAGGCAUUCUACCGUGAACGCCUGCCCAACGUUAUGAACCUCAUUGCCACCGUCGGCGUCUUUGCUCUUGUUAUCUGGCUUCAAGGAUUCCGGAUCGAGAUUCCUGUCAAGAGCAACCGCUUUAGGGGACAGCGCGGCACGUACCCCGUGAAGUUGUUCUACACCAGGUGAGUUUCUCUCCGACUCUGAUACCAAGUCAGCCGCAUGAGUACCAUUGACAUUCACUCCACUUCCCAGCAACAUGCCUAUCAUGCUUGAAAGCGCUUUAACGUCCAACGUCUUUAUCGUUUCGCAAAUGCUAUUCAACCGAUUUCCCGAAAACUUGGCUGUCCGACUUCUCGGCGUUUGGGAGGUAGGUUGUCGUCGCCGCGAUGUUCAUUUUUGUUCUCGAGCACUUUGGGCCGCAGAUCGUUGACCCAUCUUCAAUAUUCUCUUACUAGCCGAUGGAAGAUUCCGCGCAGUUGAUGGCCAAGUGAGUUCGGCGCGCUGUCGCCAGCGCUUGUCGGAAUUUACGACUGAACACGAACCCACUCUUUUGACUCGUCAGGUCCGGUCUCGCUUACUACAUGUCGCCCCCUCACACGCUCAAGGAAGUCGUCACGGAUCCGAUCCACACCUCGCUUUACAUCAUUUUCAUGCUCACGGCAUGUGCGAUCUUCUCCAAGACCUGGAUCGAGAUCUCUGGCUCCGGCCCUCGCGACGUCGCGAAGCAACUCAAGGAUCAGCAGAUGGUCAUCGCCGGCCAUCGUGAAGCGUCCAUGUACAAGGAGCUCAAGCGUGUCAUCCCCACCGCCGCCAUCUUUGGCGGUGCCGUCAUCGGACUCCUAUCCGUCGGCACGGAUCUGGUCGGAGCUUUGGGAAGUGGUACAGGUAUUCUCUUGGCGACGACCAUCAUUUACUCUUACUUCGAGUUGAUGAUGAAGGAGUCGGGUGGACCGGAGAUGCAAGCCAUGGUGAGUCGCCCAAAGGACGGCUAUGGUCCCCGACUGAUCGGAAUCGUGGCGGCCGAUGCUGAUAAGAGUACUACGCUGCAAACCGUUCUUCACAGGCCGAAUUGAUGGGCUGA